GCUCGGCACGGCAAACGAUCGACGACAAUCGACGGCGACGACCACGACGACGACAACGACGCAUGGACGCGGCGGACUUCCGUGCGCGAUUUUCAUUCAAUUUUCAACUCAUUUGAGUUCUAAAUACUUGACAAACACAAGCGCAAAAAAAAAAACGAACCCUACACACCACAUUAAACGACAGAGCGCGCCGGCAACUUCUCAACGGCGCUGCCAAAACAGCAGUUGACGAGCAACCGAGCAACAGCAACAGUUGAAGCAGCAGCAGCAACCACGACAGCAGCAGCAGCAGCGGCAGCUGACGGCGGGCAGCAGCUCGAUAAAAAUCAUAUACAACAAAAAACUCUCAAAGUUAAUACACAAACGGCCGACAAAUGGAGUCCAACAACAACAACAAUAACAAUGGCAACGGUAAACGCGGCAAAAAAGGACGCAAAGCGCGUAACGCAGCCUCACAACAUCAUCCCUGGGACGAAGGCGCAGCAAAUGGAGAAGCAGCAGCAGCAUCUGUGACACCAACAGCAACAACUAUGCGACGCAGUGUCUUAACGGGGGCAGCAUUAACACGAUUUCUGGUUUGCAUGGCACCUGUGAUUGUGUCGCUACCUGGCGCUGGAACUGGCCCCACUGAGCAGCCGACCAUACUACUGAUCAACGGCAUCAACGACGAUCCUCAACAGCAACAACAACAACAGCAGCAGCAGGAGCAGGAGAAACAGAAACAGUUUGCCAAGACAGCGCUUAAGCUUGAGUUGGACAAUAACAACGAAAGCGAGUCAGCGAGUAGUCUGCCCAAUCCCACACAGAGUCACGUGCCCACGACACCGGGUGGAUCGCAUCUGCUCGACUUGGAAUCUCACCUCAUCGAGGACGUUAACGCAGAGCAGAGCGGCGUGGGCAUCAAAGAGCUGCCGCCCAUAGAACAGGAGCUGCAGCAGGGAACAUCAAAAGUAGAGGCAGACGGAGCAGCGCAUGUCAUCGAAGUAGAACCGGCGGGUGCCAAGACCAAGCAGCCAGUUGAGACUCUCGCACCGUCGCAUCAAAUAGCCGAGGUAGACGAGACGGCAACCAAAACAACAACGACAACGGCUGCAGAAGUCGAAGUAGACGUAGACGUAGAAGCAGAAGUAGCGGAGCAAGUGCGUCAGACUGCCGAGCAGCUGGUGAAUGAAAUUGAACGUGAACUAAUCGAGAGCCUAAGCAAAGAUGUAGAACAGGCCAAGGCAGAGCAGGAUAAACAGCUCAAAGGAGAACUCAACGAACUCAACUCGCUCACCAAACAGGUAGACGCUCAGCUGAAUGAGCUGACAAGCAUCCUCAAGAGCAAGCCACAGUCGGAUAUUAUUGUUGAGCAGCUGAACUGGGAGCCAAAACCAAAGGUCGAACUAAAACUGGUUGAGGUGCCACUCCCCAAGUCCGAAGAAGAAGAGCAGGAACGCAAGGAGUUCAUUGAUUCACUGCCACAGAUCGAACAGGAUCGCCUCUCUACAGACACGGAUGCGGAUGCCAAGCGACUGUCGGCGGACUGCAAGCGCGAGUAUUACCAGUCCCUGAAGAAGUAUCUGCUGCAGGGUAGUCAGGAUAAACCGCCAGUGCCUUUGCAAACCUAUCGCUGGGAGGAUCUCCGACGAGCUAAGGAUCGCGGUGGCUAUCCCUGGACACAUCUCUACAAGCGACCUUUGGGACCCGAUGAGGAACCCGAGAUUGUGCUUCUGCUACGCAAAUCGCAGGAGCUACGCUUCAAGUCCGAGUCCCCUAAGUCCCUGAAGAAGGUGCGCUACGACGAGCAAGUCUUGGUCAAGGAGACUGAACGCUACAUACAGGAUCUGUCGGAGGACGAAAUACCCACGCACACAGACGACAGCAGUGACGAAUCUUCCGACUCUGACAGCGACUCGGAGCGUGAUCAGCACAACGAAGACGCCAUCAGUGAGUGCAUUUCUUGCGUCUCCGAUUCGGUGCUCGCAGUUGGCGGUCGCGCCAAGCCCAGGAAGACAAAUCGUCUGGCGCAAAUUCGUGAUAUCAUCCGACGACGACGCAGUGGACGCACACAGGACGACGCUCAGUCGCUGCCCGGCAACUCGGCGAAUCCCAGCAGACAGAACAGUUUGCACGAACUAGCUCCACCGCCAGGAGCAUUAGUCCCAACUCCUGGGAGCACAGAGAAACCCCCAAAGAAGUCCAAGCAAAGUUUCGACAUUAUGAAGAAGCUAAAGAGCUUGGCGGAACGCCAAAAGAAGCGUUUGAAUAUCAAGCGCAUAACGCUCAAGAAGGACGACAAGAUUGUCCUAGGCGAGCAGCAAAAGAUCAUGAAGCUGAAGGCUUCACCAAAAUCGAAGCGCGGUGAAAUUCCACAUUUCAUUGAGAAACAGGACUCGGAUGAUAUACUCGAGCUGGUCGAAUACGAUGAAUCACCGUGCAGAAAACGCAACAAGGAGGAGGAUCAAGAAGAGCUACCAAGCACGAGUGCAGCAAGCGUGCCGCAGCCAGACGAAAUCAUUGAGCUACCCGUGGAACAGACCAAGACUGAAGCAAGCACACCCGCUCUAGAAGUCACAGAGCCUGAUGCAGAGCCUGUGGUGACUGCAGAAUCUGCAGCCGAUGUUGAAGUUGCAUCAGAGCCUGUGGAGCAGUCUUCUGAGGUCGAAUCACCUCCUAAGAAGACUCCUCGUCUGCGCCGCGAACAUGUCUAUGAGGAAAUAGGCCAAGGUGAACCACAGCCCCUCAUGGAAUUGGAUUCGCUCAAGAAGUCGCUGAUGCGACAAGACAAUCUUGCCGCUGAUGAUAUCGCGGCAGCUAAGCCUGUGCCUUUGGAUCGCAUGGGUAGCAGCGAGGAGGAUCAGGUGGCUGCAGCCGCCGCGGAGAAAGCAAACAGCUCCUUGCUGGCCCCGAUUUCAUCCAUAGACUCCACUUCUUCGGACGAGGAUCGUGCACGUCUUGCGCAGCUCUCGCCAGUCGUGGAGGAGAGCGAUGAACCCACUGAAGUGUCCGAAUUGCGCCCAGUACUAAAGAAGGAAGCAUCACCUGCACCGUCUGAUAAAAAAGUGACCUUCUCCCACGUCGAGGAUGAGGCCGAACCACAUCGGGAGGAUGUUGACCUGCCCGAAGAAGUACUGGAAGCGGCCACGAAUGCGGCCAAAUCGAAGAGCGAUAGUGAUCAUGACUACGAGCCUGUGGGCGUGUCGCCGGCACAAGAAAUGGAUACACUGCCGGCGACGACAUCCGCCCAGAAUGGCAGCAGCCUCCAGCAGCAGCCACCGUCGCAGCCCAUGGAUAUUGAUAUUGAUAUUGACUUCAGCUCAACGGGAACCACACCACGCACUGAAUCUCGCACAGACUAUGAAAUCCACACCAGCCAAGUGGAUUCGAGCGCCCUCGAGGAACUUCCUCUGCAACCGGAGAAUCGCAAGAAGAGUUUUAUGGCAUCAGCACAGGAUCGCACCAAGAAAAUGCAAGACGGAAUUCGCAAUCAAGCGGGCAAGCUGCGCACGAAGCUACGCACACAACAAAAACCGAAGCCUGUCUCGGGCAGUCCCAAGGCCAAAGAACGCCGCCGCUUUGCUCCGGAGUUCUCCAAGAUCAAAAUGCCCGAAAUUAAGCGACCAGAUAUGUCCAAAUUUAAGGAUUUAAAACGUCCUGAGUUCACCAAGUUUAACAAGCCGGACAUGUCCAAGUUUAAGCUACCUGAGAAGUUCUCAACUCUGAAGCUGCGACGCAGCAAAAGCUUUAAGGAGAAUGAGACUGAGAUGCCCGAAGAAUCCACGGAAUCACCAGCAACAACAGCAGAUGCAGCCCCUGCUCCACAAAAGAAGAAGUUCGAGUUCAACUUCGGUACCUAUCCGAGGGCUUUCCGCAAAAAGAAACCUGUGGAGGAACCUCUUCCCCCCAUGGAGUCCUCACUGGGUACAGAGCGUCAGAGUCUAAGUGUUAUACCAAGCACAGAAACACAGCCAUCACAGACAUCGACGAGCUCCCCACAAGGUGAUCGAGGUCCGGGCCCAGUGCGAUCCCGCUGGGCGGAUAAAUUCUCCGAUGUCAGCUACAAUGACAGCGAAGGAUCACGCUACAGACGCUACGGCAGUGAACUGGAGAGCUUCGAUCGAGAAUCCUCGCUAGAACGACGCAUGAAAGAAGACUUGGAGGAGGACACAGCAAGCGAGGCGGUGCCACAAACCGAUAUGGGUAUCUUAGGAGGCGUUGCUGAUAGCAAACAGUUUGCCGAAUUCGAUGAGGAGAAUCGUGCCAUACACGAGAUCUCUAGCCAGAGGACACGUGAGUUCAAACGCAGACCCAUGGUGCAUCAAGACUCGGAUCUGCGUUCCGAGGAUAGUCGCGAUGCCGAAGGCUGGACCGAGAAGGACAUACAAAAGAAUAAAUUACUGCGCAAGGCCGAACUGGAUGCGGAAGCAAGCUAUUACAAGUACCACGAUCGCCAGGAUGCCCAGUCCACGGCCAGUUCCGGCAAGAAGGUCGUCAUGGAGCAAAUCGACGAUGAUGAGUUCUUCUUGCGCAAGCGCGGCAUUUCCGAAGACAACAUUCAGUUGCGUCAGUAUAUUAGCGAUGCCAUUCGGGAGGGUUACGAGGUGCCCAAUGCACUGCAACAUGUUGGUUAUUCCUACGAUGUGCCUCCACCAAAGCCACGGCGACUCCAUCGCAACUAUCGCCCGGACUUUGAGGAUUCGCAAGAGUUUCAGCGCAGCGAAUAUGGCGAUGAUUUGUCCAUGUCUCAAAAUGGCAGCGACUUCCUGCCCAAGCGUCCGCUGCGCAAGGCACGCAGUCGCAGCAAGUACUCCAUAGAGGGCAGCCAGGAUAUUCCUAUGGCCGAUGGCAGCAGCAGCAUUCAGUACUUUGACGACGAUGAGGAAUAUUUGCGACCUCCCAUGCACGAACAGCAGCAGCAACAGGCGGUUGUCGACCCUCAAGAGGCGGUUAAUAAUCUGAAGUUUGCUGACGGUAUAGCGUCAGAGGUGUCACCCCCACAAUCACAACCUCGACCACAGGCACCAAGACGCCAAAAGAAACGCACACGUGAAGAGAAAUCGCAGGAAAAGGAUGCGGACUCGUUCAUUAAUGGUUUUGGUGGUAGAUCAGUAUCGAACACCUUUUUGCAGCCACAGGAAGAUGUAAUUGUUUAUCGCACUGAGCACGAAUAUCAUCAUCAUAUACCGCUAGCCACGCCCGAUAGGUUUACGGAUGCGACCUCGGCACGCACGGAGCGCUCCGAGGACGAACGCACCUCUCGUGGUGCCGAAUCACUGAGCCUGGAUGCGCACCGAGCAGAGAGCAAGGAAAAGUUUGUCAUCGAUAUGCUGGAGAGUGAUGGCUAUGCCGUAGUGCGGAAGGAACCAGUGCCCAAGCCGACGCCGCCAGCACGUCGCAAGAAAUUCGCACGCUCCCCUGGUGAAAGAUUCGCCACAUUGCCGAGCAUACGGGGAUCUCGAGGCUCCCCGCCACCAGCUCGGCCUCCGCCGCCAGAGCAGUAUACGCCCAGUGAGGAUUCACCACUGGUGCCGCGUCGCCGUUCCGCUGGCAAUCUGGAAGAGUUGCCCAGCAGUCACAUUCACUCGACAACUGCUCAAGUGCUACUCAAGUCAAAUUACGCGACAUUGCCGGCCGCGCUGCCGUCACGACAGCAGCUCCAGGAAGAGGAGGAUGACUACGAGGAACCCGGCGAACUGCUGCGCCCCGACUCGCCACGCUUAAAUCUUCAGUCGGGUGAAGUCAUUAACAAAAUGAAGUUCCGCCCAUUGCCACCGCCACCGCGUCCACCACGCGAACGUCGCUCCGCUCGGGGAGGCACCUUGGAAAGCUACGAGGACAGCGAACGCAUUGCCAGUUCAUCCAAUGCUGAUAGUAUGGAUCAGGGCGAGUUUGAAGUAGAGGUGUCUACCCAAACGGAUCCGUUACCUGAUGAUUUUGUGUGUGAAGAAUUUGAGAUAACCGAUGAUAUGAAGGUCAUUGAACCACGUCGUUCCUUGGGUUCGGGUGGCAAGACAACGCUGGAGGAUUUGCUGCGCAGUGUGCAGUCACAAGAACCAGAUGAGGUGGAUGGUGCACGUGUGCUUACCGAAGACGAACAGCUGGCCAAGGGAUUGGCACGUUUCCGUGAUGCAAACCAAAGAAGCAUGUCCGAACGUUCUCGUGCAUCUUCGCAGGCAGAUCGCUCCAAGUCUCUGAGUCGUCCACAGACGCCAUCAUCGGCGGUGAUCAUUGAGCGCCGUGUCCCUACACCCAGUCUCAGCACUGGAGAAGCCGAUGACACUGUGCAGGCUUCUCUUAUAGUGCGUCCCAUUAGCACCGCUGAUCUGGAGGAUGACGAGCUUCGUCGUGAAGAGGAAGAACUCCGACGCGAAGGACUGCUUUCUGAUAGCUCGGUGCAAAGCAAGUCUGAUGUGGAAACAGCUGGCGAAGAGGAGGAGCAUGGUGAGAUUGCAUUCAGCGACUAUGCUGCCAGCUCCGCAGACUUGGAUGCAGCUGUGGAACAGCUGCAGCAGGCACAUCUUGAAAGCGACUACGAUAGCAAGCUGGAGGAUGAUGAAGUGGAACGCACACUACGUGACAGCGAGUACGAAGAAGACGAAGAAACUGGAAAGUACUCGGAUCAGUAUGACGAAGAGGACACUAAAGAGAAUCAAGAACGCAUCGACCAAGAGCUGGAUGAAGCUUUGGAAAAGGAACUACAAGAGGAAAUGGAAAAGAUGCUCAAAGAGUACCGUAAAACAGAAGUCAUCGAGGAGCAACCACUGUCUGAAACAGAGUUGCAACAAUCUGAGGGCGAGCAGGCACCGUCUGAAGUGGAGCAAGCACUCUCCGAAGUCGAGCAGGCACCAUCUGAAGUGGAGCAACUUUCUGAAGUGGACCAUCCGCUUUCCGAAGUGGAACAUACUCUCUCUGAAGUGGAGCAAGCUCCCUCUGAAGUGGAGCAUCCUCUAUCUGAGGAUGAACACACAUUGCCUACCGUGGAAUCACCACAAGCAGUCGAGGAACCCAUCAUUACCAAAGCUGUCAGCAGCGAACCGAUCGAAGCCGAAGUCAGGCUCAAAUUCGUAGCCACAUUACCCACCGAGCCCGCUAUCGACUACAGUCAGACUGAGGAGGAAGUAGAGGCAACUCCACUACCGCCACCGCGUCGUAAAUCGACCACUGUGCUAGAGCCCACCUCAAGCCACACACUGACCAUAGCAGAGCAAAUCUCACGCGAAGUGACACCUGUUCAAUCGCUGCAAUCCGCACCAGCUGACCAAGAAGCACAGUUGCCCAGUCACCUCAAGGAACUGGAGGUAGAGCGUCUGCGUGUUCAUGCACUGCAAGCUGGACAAAUACAAGUCUCGCAGUUGCAUGGAGCCCAAAUCAGCGCCGAUGAACUGGCCUGCAAAUCGGGACAACUGGUAGUGCAAAACAUUGAAUUGCCACCAGGAUUCAUCGAUGACAUUGUGGAACGCGUUAAGGAGCAGCGACCAUCGCUACUGACCACCGAGACACAGACGAGUCGUCAGCCCAGCAGUGAACCCGCUACAAGUGACGUGGAGCCACCCGUCAAGCCGCCACGUCAGGUCAAGGGAAUGGAAUCGUCGCAAACUGCUGUCUCCCAAUCCAAUCUGGAUGAGCAGACACAAACAGAAGCUGCACUAUUGCCCUUGCCACCACCACCAGCUGUGUAUCCCAGCGUAGAGUACUUGCAAUCGUUGGCUCCUUUGGCCUUUUACAAUUUGCAACGCAGCGGCGAAGCAGAGCAAGCGGAAGCAGCCGCAGCUGCAGCCGCUCCAACACGCGCUUCCAGCAUAGAGCGCAAGCAACCACAUAAGUGCCGACGUCGUCAUGUGCAGGAACACCUGGACUCUGGCGACUCUGAAUUCGAAGAGCAAUUGGUGGAACGACCACGAUCGCGUUCAAGACGCUCGCGCACACGCAGCGCCACACAGCCACUCGAGGAGUACGACGAGGAUCAGCCCAAGACGGUGGUGCAGGCAGGCAGACAGUUCAUCUCAGCUUGCAGCUUGGAGCUGGUCAGCAUCAUCAAUCAGCUGACGAACUUUGUGCGUGGCGACACCAUGGAACCGGCUCAGCAGCACCAACAGCCUCGCAACAUAUCCGCACUCAUGAUGCUCUUCAUUUUGAUCACGUUCGGUGUGCUCGUCUUUUUGUUGACGGGCCGCCAGGUGCAUACACAUCAUUGGGACUACUUCAAUCCGCCAGGCAACGAAGGCAGGCAAACGUGAAACGGGAAACAUAAUUUUUGGAACAUCAGUAACGCUGAGUUUUGAUUGAUGGGAUGCCAAACGAUGACGAUGAUGCUUGGAGCAUAUACAGGCAGGCAGACAGGCAGCAGUUUUGCAUUUUGGAGCGAAUUUGAAACGAAUUUAAAAGCGGCCCGACGUGGACCGCUCGAAACCAAAGGCCUUAACCUUAAUGAUAUAUAACUAAAAACAUACUAACAAAACACACACAAAAAUCUAUACUUUAGGCAGGAUACGAAAUGGGCGGCGAAAGGAGGCGUUGCCAUUGCUACUAGUCACAGACACACAGUCAUAAAACAAAGUCACAACAAACAAUUCAAUCGAACAAAAGAUAUCCCAAGUUCAAUUCAGUUCAGUCAUCAUCAAUCGCUGCAUUAAACAACUAUCUUGUAGUACAUCAAUAUGCAAAUACAUUUUACAUCAGUACCAACAACGAUAACAACAACAAUAGUAAGAACAGCAGCAAAGAUUGUGUAUUAUGUACUUAAAAAUUAAGUAAAAGUUAAUGUCAUUUGUUGGCAACUUAUUUAUGAAUUUUUGUAUUUUAAUGAUACAAAAAAUAAUGUUUUGCUCAUUUUUCUACUGCAUAAGCGACGUUAUAUAUUUUUGAGAAUCAAAUGAAGAAAUGAAGCAAGUCAAUUGUUGUUUAAUUAAGAAGACCUGGCAUAGUAGGUACAAUACAAACUAUAUAUAUUGGAGAUCAAUUGUUUUCAAUCUGCACGAAUUGAUGAUGCAAUCGUUUAAUUUUCAUUUUAUUAGCCAUAAUUCAUUUGAACCACAAGUACUUAGCGAAAAGAGAUGGUCAACAUAUGUAAGUACAUUAUAUAUACUUAUAGAAGCGUAUUUUCAAUAAAGCAACAAUCUAUUUAAAUACGAUCGUG